UUUCUUUUUGCGCGUUUCGUCAUUCGCUGGCGACACGGCGCGCAACCCAGAAAGCUUAGUAGAGAGCUAUCAAAAACAUCCUGCUGGAGAGGAUGGUGCGCCAAAUAAGUUAAUCUGAGACAUAGUAUCACACCAACAAGGCAUUUCUGCUCCGAGCAUUAUACGGUUAUUCCCUUUAUCUGUUUUCGGCAUCAAAUGUAACACACUUGAGAGGAUCGAUGUCUUUUCUUCGUUGGGUAUCUGAGAAAUUGAGUGUGGAGAGCCUGCGGGAUUUGGAGUUGUUUGGAGAGCAAGCUCAGGGAGUCUCUCACAGGAAAGCCAAUGAGGACAGUCAGGAGAGUCUGACCUCGUUCCCUCGUCGAGACACUAUGGGCAGUUUCCUUCCUGACAGCAGCUCUUAUGAGCUCCUUGCUGUUAUUGGUCGGGGCUUGGACAAUUUAAUGACUGUUAACCUGGCUCGAUAUAGACCCACUGGGGAGCAUGUGGCCAUCCGACGGAUUGACUUGGAGUCAUGUACUAAUGACAUGGUUACCUACCUGCAGGGUGAACUACAUGUGUCAAAGUUGUUUCACCACCCCAGUAUUCUACCAUACAAGAGCGUCUUUAUAGCUGAAAAUGAAUUAUGGGUCAUCACACCUUUCAUGGCUUAUGGGUCAGCCAGAGAUCUCAUCUGCACACAUUUUACAGAUGGUAUGAGUGAGCUGACUAUAGCAUACAUUUUGCUAGGCAUGCUCAAAGCUCUUGAAUACAUUCAUCAUAUGGGAUAUGUGCACCGGAGUGUGAAGGCCAGCCACGUUUUGAUCUCUGCAGAUGGACAAGUGUGCAUGUCAGGUCUGCGGAGCAUCUUUAGCCUCAUUCGACAUGGCCAAAGGGCCAAAGUGGUCCACGACUUCCCCCAGUAUAGCGUUAACGUGCUGCCGUGGCUUAGUCCCGAAGUGCUGCAACAGAAUCUCCAGGGCUAUGACUCUCGAUCAGACAUCUACAGCCUCGGCAUCACAGCCUGUGAACUAGCCAAUGGACACGUUCCCUUCAAAGACAUGCCAGCUACACAGGUAAGCAGAGAUGUGUCAACGCCCUAA